GCUGUAGCUUAUGUCCUGUCACUUGUCUCGUCGCUGAGUCAUUGUUAAUUUUGUUCCGUGAUUACUGUUUUGUUUUGUCUGUCUGCUAGAGGAAUGACAAUGGAACCAUAAUCACAAUUUAUUGACCAUACUAAGUUAAAUAGGACAGUAUUCUUCAAGUAAAAGGUAUUACUCAUUGGGCUGAUCCAUCACGGGUCCUUUUGCAGCCAUGGGUUCUGUUUGGAAACGAUUGCAGAGAGUCAACAAACGAGCAGCAAAGUUUCAAUUUACUGUUUCUUACCAUCAAGUGACUGUUGAAACUACACCCAAAUGGAAACCAAAUAGAUUGAGUGUCAUUUGGACGAGGAGAAGCCGCAGAGUGAUUUCCGAAGCUUUGCCCUGGGAACCAACCAUGAAGGAUCCUCUCCGAGGUCUUGCUGUGUGGGCUGUCCCUGAGAACAAGGAUAUAUCUGUGACACUCUUCAAGGAUCCUCGCACUCAAGAGCUGGAGGACAAGGAAUGGACCUUUGUUCUAGAAGACGUUGGCCCUACUGGUAAAAGAAGACAACUCGCAGUAGCAAGUGUUAACAUGAAGAAGUAUGCCAGUAUUGAAUCAACUCAGCAUGACUUGAAUCUCAUCAUGAAGCCAACUACUAAGAAAAUUACUUCUGCCACUCUAGAGUGCACAUUGUCCUGUGUGUUUUUGAGGGAAGGAAAAGCAACGGAUGAAGACAUGCAGAGUAUGGCUAGUCUGAUGAGUACCAAUAACAAUAGUGACAUUGCUCCAUUGGAGGACUUUGAUGAAGAGGAUGAUGAAGGCUCGAUGAAACACAGCCUACAUGAAGUGUCUGAACUGACCAAUCAACUGGACAUGUUGACCAACAGCCUGAGCGGCUCUGAGUUCGCCAGCACUCCGAUGAGUGUUGCCAGUUUGAGGGAAGAUGUAACACCUCUAGCCGGAGAAGAAAAAGGCUUCCCUCUCAUAAGUGGUAGCAACAUCAACUCUGGACAGCCUGAUUCUCACCAGCCUAGUUCACUUGAAAACCAGCCCUCGAAGAAUGUUCGGCUAAUGCUGCAGCCUCUUAAUUUGAAAGAGGCAGGAGUACCAGAGCCACAGUCACAGCCCAGACUACAAGACAGCACGCCAGGCCAGGACUUGCUAGAGUGGUGUAAGGACGUCACCAAGGACUACCCUGGGGUCAAGGUCACUAACCUGACCACCUCUUGGCGUAACGGACUGGCGUUCUGCGCCGUCAUACAUCACUUCCGUCCUGACCUUGUUGAGUUUGAUUCACUGACAACUCACGAUGUGAAGGGUAACUGCAAGAAGGCGUUUGAUGCUGGUGAAGCCCUUGGCAUACCUCGGGUGAUAGAGCCAGCAGAUAUGGACGUGUUGACAGUUCCGGACAAACUGGCUGUUAUGACAUACCUCUACCAGUUGAGAGCUCACUUUACAGGCCAUGAGUUGGAAGUGCAACAGAUCGGCAAGACAACAGAUGAAUCCUCGUACAUGAUUGGUCGGUUCAACACGGACAACGACACAGACGUUACAGUUCAACUGUUUGGACAAGAGAUAAUGAACAUGCGUUCCAAGAAAGAGGGGUCAGAGCAAAAAUCUGUCUCCAACAGUUGGAGCAAAAGUGUUGAUUCGUCAGAAGCGGAAACGGAAAGGGAAAGCCUGAGGAACAACCUUCGCUUGAAACUGGCUCCGGUUGCUGAUAUGAAUGAUUGUAGCGAGAAGUCACCGGCAUCUGUGAAGGAUGUCAUUUUAGCCAGCUCUAAGAGCAUUCUUGGCAAAGUUCUAUCACCGACAAAGGAAAAGUUUUCCAACAAGGAAAAUAACAGAGAAAAGAGCAAGUCCCCAGUCAAUGCUACUCCCCGUCCUGUGCUCAUGACCAGGAGACAACUCACAGAUCCUUUCGGCUCUGAUGAAGAAGAGGAUGUGAAUGAAGCAAAUGCUGAAAAUGAAGACGGAAGAAAAACUCUACCAACUCAAGGAAGUGAUGUUAUGAAUUCAACCAACACCACAAGAAACACAAGUAGGGAAGGAUCAGAAACUAGAUCUUUGAGUCAUUCAACCAGCAAUGAUCUGUCCAAAAUGAGUCAGCGAGGAGUGAAUCGUCACGAGGAGCUGAGGGAGCGAGCUCGACAACUGUUGGAACAAGCGAGGAGAGAUGUAGCGAGAAACUCUCAACCAACCUCGCCUGUGCAGGGUGAGGAAGAAAGACAACAACACUUGAGGGAGAGGGCGAGACGGUUGAUAGCUGAGGCGAGACUGGGCGUCGUCAACACAUCUCCCUUCUCACCAAGCAGAGAAAACACUCCAAGUGAGAAAUCCAGUGAGCAAAGUUCGCCUCUUCACUUGAUGUCACCUUCAAAAGGUGAUAUUGAAGAGAACACUCCACCCUGGGUGCUAAACAACAAGGAAGACAACUCUGUGAAGCCUGUUACCAACUCCCCCCUUCACUCCUUCACCUCACUCAUGGAGAGGAUAUCACCCGAGAGACAGCCCAGUAGAGGGUUUGGUAAAGAUGUUACCAACUACAUUCAGAAUGAGCUGGAAGCAUUGGAAAGAGAACAGAAGCAAAUCGACAAACAAGCUGCCAUAUUAGAGAAGGAAAUUCGUAGAGUGAUGGAGUCGGGUACUGAUAAAGAAAGAGAAGAAAGUCUGAUGGCAAAAUGGUUUACUCUAGUCAACAAAAAGAACGCCUUGCUAAGAAGACAAAUGCAGUUAAAUAUUCUUGAAAAAGAAGAUGAUUUAGAAAGAAGGUUUGAGUUACUAAACCGAGAAUUAAGAAGUAUCUUGGCAAUGGAAGACUGGCAGAAGACUGAUGAGCAGAAGCUGAGAGAGAACCUGUUAUUGUCAGAGUUAGUCAACAUUGUCAACAAGAGGGAUGAGCUCGUCCAUCAUCUCGACUCUCAGGAGAAGGCGAUUGAGGACGAUGAUAAGAUAGAGGAGGACUUGAGCAGAGUAGGCGUGGGUCACCGCAACAACAACUGCGUCGUCCAGUAAAGUCUACGUUCAAUGUCAAAAAUCAAAAAUUACUGUCUGCAUCCGGUAUUCCACAUUGGAAAUAGUAUUAGUGAUAAUCAAACAGUAAUUUAGCCAUCAAUAAAUUUAAAAUCUUGUGACGUGUUAAGAUCUAGCGAAUUUACUAAUUAGUAGUUUAGACGUCGUCUUCAAGAAAGUCAUAUUUUUUUCAAGAUUUAUUUUAGCUGGAUUUAGCUAUACAGGGUAUUUAUUUAAGUUAGGCUUGUUGUGAUCAAAUUAGAACAAACCCUGUUCAGUAUGGUGGUUUUAAAUAUUAUAAGUUACAUUUGUCAUUAAAAAAAUAUCUGCAUAGGUUGUUAUAAUACAGUCAGACAACUCUAAGAAGACACUUGUGCCUGGGGCGUAGAGGAAAAAAAAUUAUUAUGGCGGAAAAUAAUACCUUUCCAAAAACAUCUGAUUUGCUAUCCAAUUCUACCUGAGACUUGCCCUUCUCACACCCCUGACAGUAAAUUUUUGUGUGCACGGCCCAACUAAGUCGAUUAGUGCUAUAGAAUGGUCAAGUAUAAGGAAGACCUAACAUUUACUUCGAGGGCAGUACAGCGUUUUCACCUCAUCUGUGAAGUGCCUUUUUAGGGUUGUUAAAUUUAGGGUUGUACACUAGAUUUAAUUUUUUUUUAGCUCAACCUAUUCCAUAGUAAAUAUUCUCAAAAUCAAUUACAAAAAAGUAACAUGUUUUUGUAAUCUCAAUAUAAGUUUGUGUAAGAGGUUUAUAAACAAAAAUAUUUCAUUAAGUGAAUAAUGCCAGUUCUUGCCUCUUUUUACGUUGUCUAACCAUCAGAUUAUAUAAACCGAAUUUAAAAUAUAAUAACUACAAUAACAUGGUUAAUAUGAUAUUGGGGUGCAUAAUAAUUUAACAAAUUCCGUUAAAGUGUUUUGUGGCUUCUGCUUCUUCCAAAGAUAAAAGAUGAUAAAUUGAUAUAAUCAAUUAGUGUUAACCAGUUUAUGAGUUUUCCUUACAAAAUAGUCUCAUGGAAAAAGUCAUGCUUGCUCUCUAAUAAUUCACUUGCUUUUAAGGAAAUGUUUUGGUCAUCGUUCCUCAAACAAUCUUUGGACCCUUGUUAUAUACGUUUUAUCGUCAAGUGACAUUUCUUAUUCUUAUUUCUUAUUAACUAGUAUUUGAGAUUACACUAAUUUUAACACAGUGAAUAAAUUUAUUUUCUUUGCUUGUUAAGUACCAUCACAUGACAAAAACACAUUAAUAGGCUACAUAAUAUUUUCAAUUUGUAUGGUUUCUUUUUUGCUUCUAUUCUCUUUCAUUUCUCAGCUUUAAAUGGUUUAGGUUUGAUAACCUUAGAGCCUUAUCAUAAGUAAUGACUAAUUCUUUAGUCAUGUAAAUAGUUGUUUUAUAUUAUUUUGAAUUUUGUACAUACAGUUUAUGUAGUGAUCAUUUGUAAAUAGAUAUCUGGCUUAAUUUAUUGGCACAAAUAUGUCCGCUCACUAUUUUGCAAUAACAUUUUGUUGUAAUUUUACUCAAAUUGUUUGUGUACAAUUUGUGUGUGAUUGUCUAGCACUUUCUUUGCUCAUCACAGAUAACUUUAUCAUUUGUCUAAUAGUUAUUGUUACUCUGAUAUAUAUAACAGUUUAAAAUUAAUUACCUUUGUCUUUAAAUAUUUCUCAUCAUGGUAAAUUAACCUUUCCAAUAAAUUUGCAAGCCUUAACAAAAAGAGUCUGUUUGUAGUCUUAUCAAUAUAUUUGUUCCUAGUUAACUAAAUCAAGGUUUUAACCUGUGUUAUUUGUCUAAGGUAAAAUGAAAGAUCGUCAUAUUGAUAUUUAAAUAUUGAAUCUUAUGAUUAUACUUAAAUCUUUCUCUUAGCUUAAUUGACAAAGUAGCAAAACCAAUAUUUGAUAUAUAUCAAAAAUAUGUUUAGUAAAUUUGAGCCAUUAAAUAAUUUUAACUUGUAAUUGUUUUAAGUCUUGAAAUAGCUGUUAAUACCUAUUUAAUUCCCAAUAAAAACACUGACAAAUUAAUUGGUUUUUAUGUUUGUAAUAAUUGUUUAUGUUUGAUUAUAUGAACCAAAAGGAUAGUUAGGAGCAAGGGAAUCAAGUAUAGUUGCACUGGCCCAGUUUAAAUAUUGUGUUCUUAAAUGGUUUGAAGCCGGCAAAUAUUUAAAUUUCCCUUUGUACAUAUUGACAAGGCAGAGUUUCCAUCAUUGGUGAAAAUUUUAAUUUUGCUAGCUUUUAUUGCUAAUAAGAAAAAAAAUCUGUGGUACUGCUAAAAAUGCUUCAUGUGAUAAUUGUUUUUAAAUGCAUUCAUAAUAAAUAACAUAUUGUUAAGACUUAAUAUUUGAUGCUAAAAUGUUUAUUUGAUAUGUUGCAUUACAUUGUGUAUAAAUAAAUUAUUUAUAGUAAAGCAAA